ACAUGACACUGUUAUCACAUUUGGCAAAUAAAAUUUAUUACAUUACCAAAAAUUCUCAGUGAAGCGACAAUCAUGGCCCUUCAGGCCUGUAUUUCCAUAUUUGUAACGAAACUCCUCACUCGAGAGAGGCAACUCCUCACUAUAUUAAAAAAUACAAAAACGUCGGUGUGCGAGUCAAAGGAAAAGCCUCCAGAAAUCCUAAUCACCCCGAUAAAAGAAGCGAAAAGGUUCAUGAAGGAAUGUUUCAUCGCUCUCUGCGCUCCUAAGGAUAAAGCGGAGGCUGUAGCUUCAAAUCUGGUGACAGCUGACUACAGAGGGUUUUAUACACAUGGCAUGAACAGACUGGAAAAGUACGUAAGAGACAUUCAAAAAAAGCGAACGAACCCAUGCGCCGAUCCAGAAAUAAUCAAAGAAACCCCGGCCUCGGCUUACGUAAACGGUAACAACGGUUUCGGAGCCAUCACCGGCAACUUCUGCAUGUGCUUGGCCAUGAAAAAAGCCAAAAAGUGCGGAGUGUCUUUUGUUUCCGCCAAAUGUUGCAACCACUAUGGCAUAUCAAGCUUUUACUCCUUACAAGCGAUAGAACAGGGACUAAUUGGGCUCAGUUUCACCAAUACGUCACCCCUAAUGACCCCGAUUAGGGCGAAAAAAUCUUGUUUGGGCACCAAUCCUAUUGCCCUGGGUGCUCCUGGUUUGUGCGGGGAUUCUUUUGUUCUGGAUAUGGCCACCACAGCGGUUUCUUUAGGCAAGAUCGAGAUAAUGAGGAGGAAGGGGUUACCCAUCCCUCAAGGAUGGGCAGUUAAUGAGCAAGGUCAAAAUGAAACUGACGCCACCAAGGCUUAUAAGGCUGCCCGGUUACUUCCAGUUGGUGGUACCGAAGAGAGUUCCGGAUACAAAGGUUAUGGCUUGGGCAUGUUGGUGGAGAUAUUUUGUGGAAUAUUGGCGGAUGCCAACUAUGGUCCGAAAAUAAGAUCGUGGGCUAAAGUGGGCGAUAGUUCGGAGGCGGCCAAUUUGGGUACCGCUUACAUGGCUUUGAACCCCGACAUGUUCGGGGAUCAUUUUCAGGAUCGUAUGCAGGACAUGAUGGAUUAUUUGAGGUGUAUGGAACCGGCGGAUCCUAAGAAACCGGUGAUGGUGCACGGGGAUUGGGAGAGAGCGAAUAUGGCGCAAGUGGACAAAGAUGGAGGGCUGAGGUAUGUGGCCAAUCAGCACGAGACCAACGCGAAACUGGCCAAGGAGUUGGGGAUAAAGCCACCCAAGUCCUUUCCUUUGAAGAAGAGUUGUUGUUGUUGAAAUUGUUUGUAAACGUUUUAUUGUUUUUUUAAUAUAGCGUCUAUAAGUAGA